GGCGCUACAACGAGUAAAGUCCGGCACUGACCGUGCUGUGACGCUGACCGCUUCAUGGCUACACUUCCGUGGAUACAGAAAAUGCACAGUUUUGCCGCCACGCAGAGACUGAGCGGAAUUUCCGAUCUUGCGGAGUGGACAAAGCCUGACAGGUGACCACGCCCCUCUGGCUGAGCAUCGCACUGCGCAUGCUCAGUGUAGUAGCCGGUCAUGGCGGCGGUGUGUGUUUGUCCAUGAGGUGCGGGGACGCUCGAUAUUCCUGCGGUCUGUGAUAGAGCCUUCAGAGCCGAACGCUGCCAUGGCUGGAGUGUUUGACAUUGACCUGGAUCAGCCAGAGGAAACGGUCUCCGACGACGAGAACGAGGAGACUCAGAUCGGUGACAUCAUGGACCAGUGCAGUGGGUUUGAGUUUAACCUGGACGACUGUGAGAAGAUUGAGAUUUCAGAGGACAACGUCAACCAGGGCGCGGAGAACAUCAGACCCGAGUGUUUCCACCUGUUGAGGGUUCUGGGCAAAGGUGGAUAUGGAAAGGUAUUUCAGGUUCGAAAAGUUGCCGGCGCUGCAUCAGGAACGAUAUUUGCCAUGAAAGUUUUAAAAAAGGCUAUGAUCGUACGCAACGCCAAGGACACAGCUCACACCAAGGCAGAGAGGAACAUCCUGGAGGAGGUCAAGCACCCGUUCAUUGUCGACCUCAUCUACGCCUUUCAGACGGGAGGGAAACUUUACCUCAUCCUGGAAUACUUGAGCGGUGGGGAACUUUUCAUGCAGCUGGAGCGGGAGGGCAUCUUCAUGGAAGACACGGCCUGUUUUUACCUGGCGGAGAUCUCCAUGGCUCUGGGCCACCUGCACCAGAAGGGCAUCAUCUACAGAGACCUGAAGCCUGAGAACAUCAUGCUGAACAGCCAAGGACACGUGAAGCUGACGGACUUUGGUCUGUGUAAAGAGUCCAUCCACGACGGAACGGUCACCCACACCUUCUGUGGCACCAUUGAAUACAUGGCUCCUGAGAUAUUGAUGCGAAGUGGACACAACAGAGCGGUGGACUGGUGGAGUCUGGGCGCUCUGAUGUACGACAUGCUCACAGGAGCGCCGCCGUUCACGGGUGAAAACCGGAAAAAGACGAUUGACAAGAUCCUGAAGUGUAAACUCAACCUCCCGCCCUACCUCACGCAGGAAGCUCGAGAUCUGCUGAAGCGGUUGUUAAAGCGGAACGCCUCCUCACGACUGGGAGCAGGAGUCGGAGACGCCUCAGAGGUGCAGACUCAUCCGUUUUUCCGACACAUCAACUGGGAAGACCUGCUGGCUCGGAAGGUGGAGCCGCCCUUCAAACCCUUCCUGCAAUCGGCCGAAGACGUGAGUCAGUUUGACUCCAAGUUCACCAGUCAGACGCCCGUGGACAGCCCCGACGACUCCACCCUGAGCGAGAGCGCCAAUCAGGCCUUCCUGGUAACUGUCUCUGAUAGGACAACACCCUGUCCUCCCAUCAGCAGGAUGACCAAUGAUCUGCUCCAAACAAACACACAGUUAGAACCUCAGUGUAUCCAAAUGGAACUGAAAAGAUCUUUCAAGUUCCCGGCCGGCGACUGCUGGCCUCGGAGUCCACUCCUCACCACUGGAGGACCAGGUGUCCUCCAGUCUCCUCAGGUCCAGGCCAUGGAGCUGUCCACUCCUGAGCAGAUGGACGUCACGUCCAGCUCCGAGGCCUCGGCCCCGCUCCCCAUCCGUCAGCCCACGGGGGUCAACCUGGGCCAGAUGAAGCAUCAAGCCUAUCCCGUCGCGGCCAAACGUCCCGAACACCUACGUAUGAACCUAUGACGCACCACGCCAGUGUCGGAGAGUUAUUACUUGACUUUUUUCUUUAUUGAUAUUUUUUAAAGAAAAGACGCAAAAACAGGCGGAUGCCACACUACACACACACACACACACACACACACACACUGACAGGAGCUGGAGUUGGUGCGUGGGUCUGGGACUCAGACAUGCUGCAGGUUAAAGGACCACCUGUGACAUCACCUCCUCCUCCUCCUCCUCUUCCUCCUCCUCUGUGAAGUGGACUUCUGGGACUGAAGUCCUCGUGGAGACACAGCCUUCACGUGAUCAGGAAGACAAAUAGUUAACCAGUAUGCAAGCGGUUAAAGUGUGAAGGUCAUAAAGAGCUGCUUCCGUUGGGAGACGUCUGACGGUGUGUCAGUGUGAGACAGACCAUAAUGCUUCCUGGCUCUGGUUGUUGGGAAUAAGAAGAACAAGAUGAGUGAUUGUGUAAAAGAUAAGAUCAUCUUUGAGAGCAGCGCACACGCCCGCUGACGCCAACAGACUUAGCUUAACAUCCCACGAUGUUUUACUAAAUGAAUGCGUAAAUUGUGCUAUAUAUUGAUGACGAAUGAAAAAGAGCCUAAAUUAAAGAAAAAGAAAACAAAUGGUGUUAUUUACCUUCUUUGAGCAGUGGUGUCGUGACGGAGCAGUACCGCUAAGUACCGUGGGGGCAGUGUUGCGCAGUAUAGGUCGGUGCGCCCUAUAAAAGGAGCAGCAAGAAGAAGGCGGCUAGCCGUAUUGAAACGACGGAAGCGCGGGAUGUGUCGGUCCACGUGCCGCGCUGUAGUGAAAGCUCCACGGCGUCACCGCGGUUAUCGAACAGAAGGAUUAUCACCGUCGUCAAGUUUGAUAUUGUAACUGAACCCUGUAACAACGACCUCUACUGGAUACACUGUAAUCAACCAUGCCAAGCAGAAGACACGCA